AUGGUGUUUGUCAAGUACAACCGAGCCUUGAAACAUCGCAUGAAGAGAAGUGAUAGCACUGAUCCUAUUCUCUUAGAAGAGAUUGAUGAAAGCAAUGAAUGGCUGAUGGAAAGAAUGGAAGGAAACUCUGAUAGUGAUGAUCUAGAUGAUAAUGUCUUUGAGAAUGAAGAUCUGACAUGUAGUGCAAUGAGUGAAGCAACAGGAGCUGAGGAACCUAACUACACUACUAGAGGAUCAAAAAGCUCAGCAGCGGCUGACAAGGGGAAAGGAGUUGCCUCUUCUUCAACUCAGCCAAGACAGAAACGAUAUGGUCCAGGUCCUUCUAAUCGGUCUCUUGUUGAUCUCGAUGAUGAUGAACUGGAACAUGAUUUGGAAGCAACUGGCUUCGGUCAAGGGGAGGAAUUGGAGUUCCAAGAUGACUCUGAAACAGAGUUUUAGAGUUGGUGUUUUAGUUUUGGUGUCUUGAUUGUUUUUACUUUGAAUUAUGCUUCGUUUUGGUUUUGAAUUCUGCUUCGUUUUGGUGUUUUGGUUUGGUUUUCUACUUAUGAUAUGUUAUUUUGGCGUUAGAUGUUCUCUACAUUAUCAAUAAAAGAUGUUUUGGUUUUAUAUCUAUCGUGUCUUUAUCUAUGUACAACAUACUUGACAGUGUAAAGUGUAGAAAGUUACUUUCUAGUAGUGUGAUACACGUAUCGAUCACAAUGAAUCGCCAUGGCACCUGGCGAGAGUCGACCUCCUGGACGCCAAGCCUCGCCAUACACAAUUUAAAACCAAGCCUGCACCAUGCUGAAGAUCUUUUGUAACUAUUUUUUCUCCAUAAUCUGCAUAAUUUGUGUUUCUGGGAUGUGAACCCCAGACCUCCCGAUGUAGAAGCACUAAUGAACCCUUAGUCAAACCACUGGACUGAAAAAACUUCCGCAUUCAAAAAACGUUAUGUAAGAAAAAAUAUUAAUAAAAUAUAUUUUACUCCGAACCUAACCGUUCAUUAGCCAACAAUAUUUAUUUCAAUUUAUACUUUUAUGUUUAGUUAGGCUCUCGCUUUUGGAUUCUUUUCAAAUUCAUUUUGAUUCCAGAUUUAGUUCAUGUGCUAAGAUUAGGAAUCGUUAAUACCCAAAAAAUUAUUCGGCUCAUAUUUUUUGUGUUAGAUUUGUUUUUUUUUUUUUUGUUUCAGUGAAAAAUUAGUUACAACAAAAAGGUGAUAUCUUACCGCCAUAAGAAGUGGUUAAAGAAACUGAUAGGAUUGAGAUGAUCCUACCGAUAUGUCUACAUAAACACUUAGCUGAGGAGGUGACGUUAAGAAUCACAUCGUUACCACGACACUGAAAGGACAAAGCAUAAACUGGUUUCAAAUUCAUCUAUUUGAAAGCAGACCCGGCUUUGUGCAUGUGUAGGUGGUACAUUUGCACAUGGUCCAACUCAUUUUGUUAAAAAAAUAAACGUUUUAGCUAGUAAAAAAGGUCCAUAUAUAUUUUUUUUCUUUUCUUCCUUGCGUCCAAAAUUUUGGAUUUUUAAAAAAAAAAAAUUUGGAACAUUGUAUAUGGUGCAACAGUCUCCACCUGUGUCACUCCAAAAGUUCAGAUGAAGUACAUAUCUCAGUUUGGGUUACUAUUGCUAACUCUCUGGUUGUGUCAUACGUUCUUCUCCAUUCUCAGUAGCUACCUUAGACUCAGUUAUUGGUUGUUGCACAUCAUCUGCAAGAGUUCUGGUGUCUUCUUUUGACACAAUAUAACCUGUUUCAACAGCUUCUUCAACUCUUCUCACAAAUCCAGGUUCAUCCACAAACUCAUAAGCAUGACUCAACCCAUUAGGUAUAGAAACCAUUGGUUCUCUACAGGGCCAGUCCUGACAUUUCCUAGCCCCAAUACAAAAAUUAUAAAUAAAUUCAAUAUUUUAAAAAUGCUAUUAAAAAUGUUAAAUAGCAAAAAAAAACUACUUCUAGAAAAAAAUUUCUGCUAUAAUGUUGAUAAGGUUCUUUAAAAAAACUACCAGAAAAUUGCAUAUGAUAAUGUUUAUUUAUACAUAUUAUAUUUCGUUAAUUAGUUUAUUGUACAAUAAUAUAUUAGUUUGAUAUAUGUUUGCCAUAAUAUUUUCUUAAAUAUAUAUAUAAUAUUUAUUUUAUUUUUUUGGGAGAAAAACAAAAGAGUUAACCCCACAAAAAUAGGCCCCAUGCAAAUGUUUCUUGGGUAUGCGCUGAGCACCGGCACUGGUUCUCUAUAAGCUUCAGAGCAUGAAAAUUUGCUUUCAAUAAAGGAUACAUUUCUUGAGACGAAAGAACCAUCCCUUCCUAUUAGUUUGUCCUGUCAAACUUCUUAUUUAGUAUCCAAAUCAAAUAGAUUCCACCCCUUCUUCGCAUAAGGAUAACCAAUAAGAACACAUUUUCUACUACGACUAGCAAAUCUUUCUCUAUGACGCUUUUGAUUAUGUGCAUAAGCGAGUAUCCAAAGAUAUGUGUCUCACAUGGCGUCAUGUUGAUUAAAUGUGAUGUACCUAACACAAAGUGACCCAAAAACUCGAUUGAAACUUUAAUGCUUGUGCCACAUUCAAUAUGUCUAUGCUUCCUCUCAACUUUUCCAUUUUGCUUAGGUGUACUUACUGUACUUACACAUGAAGAGAAUUUUCUAUGAAAAUAAUCUCGCUUCCUCAAAAACUUGUUACCAUUAUUACUCAGUACUAUCUUCACAUUUUUGUUAAAUUGUCUCGGGGAAAGAACAAAUAUACAUCUAUUAUUGUUCUUUUAAAUUGAGUUUUGUCCAUAAGAAACUCUUGAAUAAUCAUCCACAAUAUUUAAAAAUAAGAGAAUCCACUCAAACUAGGUGUUCGAAAGGGUCCUAAUAUAUUACAUUGUAUCAUCUCAAAGCAUUCCCUCCUAUUAUUUGAACUCACUACGACAUUGCUUUUUCUUGAAGCAUAUGUCAUACCCAGAUAUACCAAUACUUCCAUUACCAACACCAUGUAACUUUCUAAUUACUUUUUCAAAGGCAUGUUCCAUCCGCUUAUGCCAAACUUCUAGUGACUCUUAUUGAUCUCCUCUUUUUACACUUCGAAUCUGUUGAAUACCUUGCAAAAAAUACAAUCAUUCUCUUUCUUCACUGAUUCCAAUACCAUAGCAAUCUGUGAACAACACAAUGCAAAUCAAUUCAUCAAUCAAUUGUGAAACUAUACAAAAGUACCCGUUUUAAA